CCUCUGGCCUUAGUGAGGACCUUGGAGACUCUGGUCCAACUGGCUGUAGAGCACAUGCCCAACACAGUGCAUCAUGACAGAUCAGGUCAGCCCAGAGUCCACACGGGUGACCUUGAAGCUCACCUGUGAGUGCCCGGAGCCCCGAGGCUGCCGGGUCCAGCGGUAGCGCAGUGGCGAACUACUCUUUCCAUCCUUGGAAAUGUCAGGAGCAGGCCUUCAGGCAUGGCUGUAUCCAGGAAGGGUUCGUUUCAGACCUUUGGAAAGGAUGUGUACAUCACGGGUCAGUCGGUGUACCCCAGCCUCCACACUGUUCCCCAGGAGUACGCGUGUUGCCAAUGCUACGCCAAGUUUGGGGGCCACCUGCCUGUGCCCCGGGCUGAUGCACUGCUGCCCUACUGGGUGCCUUUGUCCCUGAGACCACGAAAGCAGGUCUCGAAGAUGAUGCGGUGUUACGUCCCCAGAGCCAUGAGGUCGUGCCGGUGCUCCUGCCACUGCUUUGGGGGCCGCCUUCCGAUGCCCAGGGACAGGGCCGUCAUGCCCUACUGGGUGCCCCAGGGGCUGAGGUCACAGAAGAAGGUGUUGAAGAGGCUGGAGAAUGUGAAAGACACUCCAGAUUGCCCCCAGGACUCAAGCAGAUGGUAUGGCUGUUGGCGGGUCUGCGGGAACCAGCAUCAUCUCCUCAAGUGGCAGCGGCUCCAGGCCCUUUAUCAAGAUGAGCUGCCAGGUCUUCAGGAGGACCAGCCACAUGCUGGCCGCUUAGGCCUCCUCCCCAUCAGCUUCAAUCUCCUGAGCCUGCUGCAGGUGGUCCUGAGGGCCAUCAUGGCCAUUCGUCAUUUGUUCUGGGACUGAAUUGAAGUCUUCAGCUACUGUCAAGAUCCUCCGCAAGAAUGUCCGUCCCAAUCAUGGUCCUCAAGGGAAGCCCUCAGCUCAGGAGGAUCUGUGACACUUGCUGCUUCCACACGAGAUAAGAUCUGCUCCCACGGUCCAAACUGAGCUAGGGACCGUCACGUGACUGCUAGUUGAAGGGGGGCUGGUACGAAUGUCCGCACGAGUCUGUUGUGAAUGCAGCCAAUAAAUGUUAUUUGUGAAACUCUAAACCC